UUUUCUUCCCACGGCAUUUUAUAGGUUUAAGCCACUUUCAGUUAGUCUUGUUAAUUAAUCAUGGUCACACUUCAAUGCAGUUAAGAAAAUCUUAAGAGUAAUAUGUUUAUGUUAUGUUGUAUUCAUCUCCUGAUAUCUGGGACAUCUUAUAAUCAACCUAUUUUAGUAAAUGAACUAUGAUUUAGGACACAAUUUCUUUAUUGGCAGGAUCAUUCUUUUCCCUUUCAACUAAAUAAAUGAGCUAAACAUAAUAACAGAUUUGAAAUGAUGCUAAAUGUUAAUUAUUCUCUCUGCAUAUUUUCAAUUAUGAGUUGUGUCGCUGAUAAUGAGUGUAAAUGCAGAUUGGCUAGAACUGCCAGCCGCAUUGAUUCUUCUCAUGGUGGUGUCACCCGGCUUUUUGGCCGACACUGUGAGGGGCAACUGGAUUGGUCUUGGGAUAUGUCUUGUCAUCGGGUGUUAUUUGCUGCAAGAACACAUCCGAGCAUCUGGUGGUUUCAGAAAUUCCUUUACAAAAACCAAUGGCAUUUCGAAUACUGUUGGCAUAAUCCUUCUGUUGGUCUAUCCAGUAUGGGGGCUGAUACUUUACAUCCUAUAGGCACCAUUACUAGUGCAGCUUCUGGAUUGUUUUCAAUUUGCAAAUCUGAACCUUACACCAUCUAUAUUACUAUUUGGUUUGUCAGCUGGAUUGUGUAA